AUGGCUCUGCUGUGGCUGCUGGGCUGCCUGGUGCUGGCAGGAGCUGCCCGCACCGCCGACUCCCUGCCCAAGGUGGGUGAAUGUGCCCCCCCGGAUGUGGGGGUGUGGCCCCAGGAUGUGCAGCAGGUGCAGGAGCUGGCGGCUCUCUGCUACCGCCACGAUGUGCCCAUGGUGCCCUUCGGCACUGGCACGGGCCUUGAGGGCGGCGUCAAUGCCGUGCAGGGCGGCGUGUGCUUCGACCUGAGCCGCAUGGACCGCAUCUCGGAGCUGCGUGUCGAGGACUUCGCGGUGGCAGUGGAGCCUGGUGUGACGCGCAAGACCCUCAACAGCUACCUGCGCUCCAGCGGGCUCUGGUUCCCCAUUGACCCAGGAGCGGAUGCCUCGCUGUGUGGCAUGGCUGCCACGGGCGCCUCGGGCACGAACGCUGUGCGCUACGGCACCAUGAAGUCCAACGUGCUCAAUCUGCGCGUGGUACUGCCAGACGGGCGCCUGCUCCACACGGCUGGGGAAGGCCGCCACUUCAGGAAGAGCGCAGCUGGCUAUGACCUGACCUCGCUCUUCGUGGGCUCCGAAGGCACCCUGGGCUUCCUGACGCAGGCUACGCUGCGCCUGCACCCCGUCCCUGAGGCCGUGGUGGCGGCUGUCAGCGCCUUCCCCAGCGUCCGCGCAGCUGUGGACU